GUGAAGAUGAGUGAGUGAAUAGGGUUUAAGGCGAAUAGGGUUUGGCGUAGGUUUGGGAAAGGGAAAGGCGGUGGUGAGUGGCGAGAAGCGAGAAGCGAGAAGCGAGAAGCAGGCUACGGGUGAGAGUGGCAUGGUAAGGUGUUAUGUUCAAAAGCAUUAGCGUCAAUGGAGGAGGAGAAGCGGAAGCAAAACAAAGGAGAAGGUGGAGCCUCUCAUGCAUUCCAUUCCACUUCACUACCUCGUCUUAGGAAACAGCUUGACCCUGAAACCACCACAUACUUCUCAGAAAUUGCCAAUCUAUUUGAAACUGACACCGUGGAAUUCGAGGAACGAUCUCUUAUAUGUGCUAAUGCUCUCGAAGAAACCAAGGGGAAAGAAUUCGAAAUUGCAACCGAUUAUAUUCUUAGCCACACUUUGGAGACCAUUCUCCAGGGUUCUCAUGUAGACCACCUUUGUCAUUUCCUUCGCACUUCUGCUAACGUUUUCCCCUUCAUUGCUAUGGAUAGAUCCGGCUCUCAUGUGGCUGAGACCGCAAUCAAAUCUUUAUCUGCUCAUCUCCAGGACGACAGUGUUCGCCCUCUCGUUGAGGAGGCUUUAACCAUCAUAUGCAAGGUGAUUGCAGCAAAUUCUGUUGAUGUAAUGUGUAACUGCUAUGCCUCUCACGUGCUCCGGACUCUUCUUUGCCUUUGUAGAGGAGUACCAUUAGAUAGGUGCGGAUACUUUUUAUCAAAAUCAACUACAGGAUUAGCAGAGCGGUUGAAUUCGAAGAACUUUCCUUCAAAGAAAGAUGACACAGCAAAUUUUCAACCUGGAUUCCCAAAUUUACUGAAACUACUUGUGACAGAGAUGUUAGAGCAUGCUAAGAAAUGUAUUAAGACACUACAAGUUGACCAAUUUAGCAGUUUGGUUUUUCAGACAAUGCUAAGGGUGCUGGCAGGCGAUGAUGAAGCAUUGUUACAUGUGAUUCCUGUCCUUCUUGGCUGCAAGGAUAAUAAAAAAGCAGAGGACAAUUUUAUAGAAACUACAGUAGUAACAGAACUCAAGAAUUUGUUAAAAGAAUCUAAAUUUAGCCAUCUAAUGGAGGUUGUUUUGGAAGUAUCUCCCGAGGCCUUGUUCAAUGAAUUAUUCACUAAAGUAUUCAGAAAUUCCUUGUUUGAUUUAUCAUCUCAUCAGCAUGGCAACUUUGUUGUUCAAGCAUUAAUUUCUUAUGCAAGCAAUCAAGAUCUGAUGGAGUUGAUUUGGGAAGAACUUGGGCCAAACAUGGAGGGUCUUUUCAAAAUGGGAAGGUCGGGAGUUGUUGCUUCACUUGUAGCUGCCAGUGAAAGGCUUCAUGUUAAUGAACACAAGUGCUGUCAGGUCCUUGCUGAAGCAGUGUGUCCAGUGGAUGAGUCUCCAAAAUGGAUUGUUCCACGACUGUUAUUUCUUGAUAGUUGUUUCACAUGGGAGGAUAAGUCCAAUUGGAGCUGGCAAAGUGGUGCUAAAAUGCAUGUCAUGGGUUCUCUGAUCUUGCAGAUAGUAUUCCGGUUUAGAAAUGAAUAUAUACAACCUUAUAUCACUAGUAUAACUUCCAUGGAAGCAACACAUGUGCUUGAAGCAGUAGGAGAUGCAAGGGGAUCACAUGUUAUAGAGGCUUUUCUAUGUUCAGGAGCUUCUGGGAAACAGAAGCGCAGAUUGGUUAAAAAACUACAAGGGCAUUAUGGAGAGAUUGCACUCCACUCAUCAGGUGCUUUUACCAUUGAUAAGUGCUUUACUGCCAGUAAUCUGUCACUAAGAGAAGCUAUAGUGUCUGAGAUGUUGGCUGUGCGAAAUGAGCUUUCCAAGACAAAGCAGGGCCCUUACCUAAUAAGGAAACUAGAUAUUGACGGAUUUGCUGCGAGUCCUGAUCAUUGGAGGUCAAAACAAGCAUCCAAAGAAUCCACUUAUAAGGAUUUUUAUACAACGUUUGGUUCCGGUGAUAAAAAGUUGACAAAAAAUGAUGCCUUUCUUGCUGACACAUCAAAUAAUAAAUCAAAUAAAAAAAUUGUAAAGGAAAUGAGGAAAGAAAUUGACCAAUCCCUAGGUUCUGCUGCACCAUUUCUGAGCAUCCAAAACUUCAAGAGCAACCCGAAAAAAAGGUCUAACAAGGUUGAAAGUGGAUUUGAUAUUGCUGCUACUGCAACAACGAGGAAGACUGCGAAGAAACGACAAAGAGAUGGUGACCUUUCCAAGGCUUCUCUGAAGAAAGUGAAGGCAUCAGAUGCGUAGAGUGGAAUACAUUUUUUUUCCCCUUAAAGAAGAAAUCGUUUUGAAGAGGAUGACAUUAAGCAUGUCCGCAGGGUCCCAAGAUUUAAUGUAUGAUGGUUUGAAUGAUUUCCUCUUUGCUAGUAAUUUUGUAUCAUUUUACCAUGUCCCAUAGACUAUGUAACAGAAAAGAGCAAUUGCAUUAAGAAAGGUAGUUACUGCAAAAUA